AUGACCUUUAAAGUGGGAUCAAAUCAAGAAGAAUGCGUUCAACGUCUACAUUUAGUAUUUGGAUAUGAAGAUCUAUCUCGUGCCAUUGUAUUCAGAUGGUUUAUAGAAUUUCACAGAGGUCGCAACUCUCUACAGGAUGAAGAACACACAGGAAGGCCGUUGUCAGCAGUAAUCCUGGAUAAUGUGUCUGCCAUACGGAAAAUGUUAAUCGAUGAUAAUCGCUGCACGUACCAAAUGAUACAGAAAGAACUGAACACUGGAUCUGCCGCCAUAUAUAAAUUUAUUCACGAAGAACUCCAUAUGAAAAAAACAACUAGUUUGCCUUUGGGUUCUCCUUAA